CCGCCCACAGGCGCAUGCGCGGCGCUGCCUCAAGGGCGGGAGCGCGGCCCGGUGGCGUGAGGCGAGGCGGUCCCGCCUCUUCCCGUUACCCGGGCCCGCGCGGAAACAUGGCGCAGCGAGAGGCUGAUAGCGCCCGGCGGCACCGGCAGCGCCUGCAAGGGAAAGCUGAGGCGGAAGGUGGAUCAGCUCGGACAUCACUUCUUAUUUUAGUGUCCAUCUUCUUAUCAGCUGCUUUCCUUAUGUUCCUGGUAUAUAAAAAUUUCCCGCAACUUAGCGAAGAAGAAAGAGAAUGUAUAAAGGUGCCUAGAGAUAUGGAUGAUGCAAAGGCCUUGGGAAAAGUCCUUUCCAAAUAUAAGGACACAUUUUAUGUUCAAGUGUUAGUGGCUUAUUUUGCCACAUACGUUUUCUUGCAAACAUUUGCUAUCCCUGGGUCUAUAUUCCUCAGUAUCCUGUCAGGGUUUCUCUAUCCUUUUCCACUGGCUUUAUUUCUUGUUUGUCUGUGCUCAGGACUUGGAGCUUCAUUCUGCUACAUGCUGUCAUACCUCGUGGGACGACCUGUUGUAUACAGAUAUUUGACAGAAAAAGCAGUAAAAUGGUCAGAACAGGUUGAACGACACAGAGAACACCUCAUUAACUACAUAAUAUUUUUGAGAAUAACACCUUUUCUUCCCAACUGGUUUAUCAAUAUAACAUCUCCUGUAAUUAAUGUACCAUUGAAAGUAUUUUUCAUUGGCACUUUUCUAGGUGUGGCACCACCGUCUUUUGUAGCCAUUAAGGCAGGAACAACGCUGUACCAACUUACAACAGCAGGGGAAGCUGUUUCCUGGAACUCUGUUUUUGUUCUCAUGAUUCUAGCCAUUCUCUCCAUCCUGCCAGCUGUCUUCCAGAAGAAACUGAAGCAGAAGUUUGAAUAAGGAUCAAACUGGACCAGAAUUCCUCAUGCUUCAUCUCAGGAUCAGCACUUCUGAUAUUUGUAUAUUUGCUUUUCUAUUGGAUCCUAAUCAAUUGAAGGGGAGGCUGGUAAUUGAUAAGAAUGUCUUUAAAUGAAAACAUGGCCUAAAAUAGAAGGAAUUGCAUUCAGAAAUGUACUGCAUAUAGUUUUGUAACCAAACCAUCAGUGUUUUACUUUUGGAGGGUAUGUGUGGGGCCCUCAGGGUGAGGUAAGUGCAAACACAGAUGUAAUAUUUUGCUCUGAUUAUCUGCAGAGCAGAAGUUGUAAUGUGGGCAAACUACAGUUAGUGCUUUCUAAAACUUGCAGGAAAAAAACCUUAAUUAUUCAGUCCCGUUUUGUAACAUUCUCUCUAUGCUUACAUGUAAUCUGGUCUAAGUACAUUUCUCAUCAACAAAAUAUACAUAUAUUUUGCCUUUUGGAAUUUGAAAAUAAUAGCAUAAUAUAAUAACGGUGCUCACCGAAAAACAAAGUUUUUUGGCUGUACUUUAAUUGCAGUGGUAUUCUCAUCCUGAUGGUUUAUUUCUAUUUAUUAGUGCUGUGUGGAUUUAAAUACUUGAACCUACAUCUGCUUUACUAACUGGAUUAACAUAGGCAAAGUAUCAAUCAUUCCCUCUUAUCCUCUGUAAAGUUUUAUUCUGGGAGAGGAUAUAGGAAGGGAGAGAACAGGUUAGAAUUUUUAUCAUGGCUGGCUGAUGAUUUUUCAAGUUCUAAUUUUAUUUUUUUAAUGUUGAUUAUUUUCCCACUAUUUCACUUGCAUAGAUUUAUCCUGCCAAUUUAAGAAAACAAUCGUAUAGUUAUAUAAAACUCUCGAUUGUCAAGUGAUUAAAAAAUAUAUAACCUUAAACAGCGUAAUAUUACAAUUUGUUGAGCAAUAUGCAGAGUGUAAAAUUUUCCAUUGCAGCUCAGUUAGCUAGAAAUGUCCGAUACAAAGAUUGGUGCAGUUCUUAUUAGAGAGCUGAUUCCAAAUAAUGUUCAAAGCAACAGGUAACAGAAGGCUUUUAUCAGUGUAGAUAAAAUUGAAAGGAUGAUUCCAUUGUCUGGCAAGUCAGUAACUAGCAAUGGGCAACGAGCUAUGGCUCACCUUUAAGGAGAAGUAUAUAUAUUCACUCAGUAAGGUAUAUACCUCCCCAUGUAUGCUUAUAGCUGUUGUAGUUUGUUGUAUUGUCAGUGGUAUCCCAUAAAAUGAGGCCCUGAACAGCAAGGAACUGUGGUGGCAUUUUAAGUUUUAUUCUACUGAAACCAGUGCUGCUUAUGUGCUUUAAGUUGGUGCCCUCAAUGUACUGAAAUGGGAAUUGCCACAUUACUGUAUGCUCCAAUUCAAGGGUUUAUUUGUCUGUGUCCUCUUGUUAACUCAUUACAGGAUAGAUCAUUGAGAUGUAAGAGAACAGUUCCGUGAAUGUGAUAAUAUGAAAGGUACUGGUACCUUUAAGGAGUUUUGUUCUUUUUGUAACAUAAUGUUAAUUGACUCCUUCAUUUCAUCACAGUAUUACAUGUAAAUAUGUAGUAAAUAUUACUAGUACACUGUUUGUCUUUUAUUUAAAUCUGGGCUGCACAGUAAAUGGUAUUUUUACAUAGGUAUAUAAAGGAAUUCAUAUCACUUCUGUUUGCUGUUUACUGUAAGAUUAUCUAGCUUCAAUAAUUGUUUUGUCAUUUGGAAUUUACUAUAAAAGUGUACUUUACUGACAUUUAGAACUGAACAGUGAUUAUUUUUAUUGCUGCAGUUCUAAUCUCAGAGGUCAUCUACCCAGGGGAUUUAUUCCAUCUUAAACUUGAGUGCAAAGUCAGCUGUUGUGAGCAAGUGUCCCCUCGAGUAUUAAGCAUGAAGUCACUGUAGAUUUACAGCCUACUUUUCUGCAUAGUUAAUUUUUCAUGCAGAUGAACUCUCAAAAUAAAUUACUUUUUACUUACUA